AUGCGUUUGGACAACGGGCAAGACUUCUUUCUGUACUUCAGAAUGACGAGGCAGAGAUUCGAUCACCUCCUCUCGCUGGUCGGCCCCAGCCUACAGAAGGAGACAACCUUCUGGAGGGAGCCCAUACCACCAGCUGAAAGGUUGGCCCUGACAAUCAGGUACCUUGCUCAUGGAGCAUCCCAGGCCAUCUGUGCGAUGACCUUUCGGAUAGGGCGGUCUACCGCAAGUGAGAUCAUCCAAGAGACCUGCGAGGCCCUGCGUGGAGUAUUGGAACCCCUCUAUCGCCCUGUACCCAAUACUGCCCAGUGGGAGCGCAUCGCAGCAGGCUUCAGCACUCAGUGGAACUUCCCGAACUGUAUCGGCGCCCUGGAUGGAAAGCACGUGGCAAUUGAGGCUCUACCAGGUGCAGGCUCCGACACGUUCAAUUACAAAGGCUUUCACAGCAUUGUGCUGAUGGCCUGCUGCGAUGCGAGCUACAAGUUCACCCUGGUGGACGUCGGGCAGCCUGGGCGGUACAGCGAUGGCGGUGUGUUCCGCAACUCCGAGAUGGGCGAGCGGAUCCUGUCGGACACAGCAGGCCUGCCUCCGCCAGCGCACCUGCCCGACACAAGGACGAAGCUCCCAUUUGUGUUUGUGGGGGACGAGGCGUUUCCCCUGCUCACAAAUCUGAUGCGCCCCUUUCCUCGUAAGGGCCUGAAGUUACCACAGAAAGUGUUUAACUACAGGCUCUCUCGAGCAAGGCGCGUCAUUGAGAAUACCUUUGGGAUACUUGUGGCGCGUUGGCGCAUAUUCAGACAACCAAUCCAGGUGUCCGCGAAGACCUUGGAGGCCGUUGUCUGGGCAUGUGUCAGCCUCCACAACUAUCUCAGGGCAUCGGACGAGAGUGAGUGGGGGGAGCGCCUCUACUGCCCUACUGGGUACGUUGACACUGACAAGGAAGGUCACCCGGGCCAGAUCACCAACGGCCGCUGGCGGGUUGAGAGUGCUGACGGCACUGCUCUCUCGGAUGUGGGGCGUGUCAGCUUUAACACGCAUGCGACAGUUGCCAAAAGUGUCCGUGAGAAGUACAUGAAGUACUUCUGCAGCCGUCGUGGCGAGGUCCCAUGGCAAUACAAUAUGGUGUUGAGGGGAGCGGCACCGGCAGCACCUAAUGCCUAG